AGUGUUCUACCUUAUACGACAAGAGGUUCAGAUUAUACCAGUUUGAGAAACCAGAUUCGAAGGCAUGAAGGAAUCUGAUAGCGGAGAUGCUACAUUUACACGUAUGGACUCUGCAGCCAAAGUAAUCACAGAAUUUAAAUCUGCAUUAUGGCUACAACAACUUAUCAAUGAUGGAGACCGCAACAAAUUUGAUCAGUACUUGCGCGCAGUUAAAAAGAUUCAGCGAUUGAUUAAAUCAGGCAUGAUUAGCGGUUAUGAGAGUCAGGGAGGUCUUGCUAUGAAUACACUGCAGAUGGUGUUUCAAGGAAUAUUGGACUGCUCAAUCAGUGGGACUCACUCUGUAGCUUUGAAGUCCACCGUAAACUCCAGUAGUGUGUCUUGCAGUUCCGGCUAUGAGUUGCAGGCUAGCAAUUAUACGGGCCAUGGUGAGCUCUCCUCAGAGCAAGUCUAUCGUCUUCGUGCCAUAGUAAAGAGGAUGAAAUCUGCAGAAUGCCUUAGGGACUGCAUUGGGGCGUACAAAAACUCGAGGAGAGCAGUAGUGGUUGCAAGGUUUCUGAGGUUUGGUAUUAAUGACUUGCAAUCAUGGGACGAAGAGAAGUUUGCUGCAAAAAUCACGUUAUGGAUACAAGCGGCCAAUACAUUUUACAACACUAUUUUCCCCAGGGAGAAAAAAUAUUAUGACCAGAUCUUCGCGGGGGUAAGGCCUGUUACGUAUAGUAAUCCUUUCCUGGAUAUAGUCGAACUUGUUGCAAUUGAGUUGAACCACCUUGUCGAUGUAAGUCCUAAUGCAUCAUUUCAAAAUUUGUUUGCUGUUUUGGACCUGUACAAGGCUUUGCUUGGUUUGUUGCCUAAGAUAAAAAACAUAUUCCACACUGUAUCGUGCACAGAUAUAUCCGAUGGGGUGAGUAAUACUAUUAGUAGCCUAGAAACUCUGGUAAGGAAAUUGUUUUCUGGAUUCAAGGAUGCUGUUCUUAAUGAGAGCUCGAACAGUUUAUCUCCAGAAGGCGGAGUUCAUCAUAUGACGGAGUACACAAUGAAGUUCAUUACAAAAAUUUCACUUUACAGGGAAGUGCUAACAAAAUUGAUUGUAUCUCGCCCUACUGAAAGUUUAGGAAAUGAGGCAGAUGCGAAAAUUUUGGAAGCUUCAGGUGGUACACCGUUGCAACUGCACAUGAUUUGGAUCAUGAUUAGUCUGAGAAUAAAUCUGGAGUCUAAAUCUACUUUCUAUAAAGACUCAUCAUUAGGCUAUUUAUUCAUUAUGAACAAUUUUAGCUAUAUAAUUAAGAUUCUGACAGAUGAUCCAGAACUACUAGAUGUGAUUGGGACGGAGUAUCAAACAGAGUUGAGCAAAGAUGUCUUGCAGGCAGCACAGGACUAUGUUUCAUCUACUUGGCGCAGGGUUUUGUAUUGUUCAAGACGCGAUGGAUUAAGCUAUAUGUUUUCAUUUUUUAGAAGGAUUUUAAAGGAUUCUGGGAAGAAGAGGUUCAAGGCUUUCAACACUGCACUUGAAAAGGUUUGUCAGACUCAAUCUGCAAGAAUCAUACCAGAUACGCACCUGCGUGCUCAGCUUCAUGAGAUGAUACUGAGUAAGUUGCUUCCGGCCUAUGAAUCCUUCUUAGAGAAAUAUGGUAGCCACAUACAAAGUGAAAGGUACAAGGAGAGAUACAUCAAGUACUCAUCAGAGGACCUCCAGAAUAAAAUUCAGAAUUUGUUUUGGAAUAUCUGAUAGUCCACAAUGGUGCAUAAGAGUUACUUAAGACUCCAUUCCACCAUUGGAUUAACUAGAAACUAUUGAAUACCAGUGCACCAUAAAUUGUACUAUCUUUUUAUUAUGCAAG